AUGCUUUUUGCCCAUGGAUCGCAUGCAUUCGCAAGGAAUCUUCUAGGUUCAGGUCAAGGGUCACUACAGCAUCAUAAUGAGGGUGCGCUUCCUGCUGUACAACUAGCAGAAACUCAUGUACCUUCAUUUCUUCUUGGUACUGAGAAGGAGCAGCAGCAACAACAAGAACAAGUGCAGGAGGAACAACUGCAGGAUCAGGAACAGGAUCAGCAGCAGGAGGAGCAGCAGAUAGAAGGAAGCAAUGGGGAUGGAGAGCAACUCUCUGUAGAGCAUAUAAUAGAUGGAGGAGAAGCAGCAGCAUUAGCCCAAUUAGAAGAAAAAAUAAAUUCAGGACAAGUACCAGAAGAGAAAUUCAAAGAUUUAGCUCGUGAUGCCUACACUGCUUUUAUUCAAGAAGCGGAGAAAAGUCUUGAUGAUUUAGAAUUAACAAUUAAAUCAUUAGAAGAAGGAAUGAAUAAUAAUAAUAAUAAUAAUAAUAAUAUAAAUAAUAAAGAAUUAAAUAGUAAUCCUCAUCAUAAUCAUAUUCAUCAUCAUCAUCAUCAUUCACCUAGUUUCUUACAGCAACAAGAUAAAGAAAAUACACAACAAGACAUAAAACCUCAUGGAGGAAAUAGUGGAUCUAGCGGACCAGAAGAAAGAGGAGAUCAGCAAGAAGAAGAAGGGGGAGGACAAGAAGAUCAUGAUCAAGAAGGAGAUGGGGAGGAAGAUGUAGAUGAUCAAGGAGAUGGUCUAGUAGGAGCAAGAACAAAGAGUCUAUGGGACGAAGCACGAGACCAAGCAAAGGAAACGGUCGAAGAUAUGAAAGAUCGAACAAGAGAAUGGGGUGAAAGAGUUCAAACUCUUAUUGAUCACGCGAAAAGUGACGCAAAAAGGGCAGCAAAAAGGGCAAAAACUGCAAUAACUCAAGGGGUAAAGAAAGCUUAUGGGAAGGUAAAGCAGGGAAUGAAGAAUUUCUUUGAUAAGUUGGGGAGAAAGAUAGGAGGAGAAGACGAGGUUGCUCCUGCUGGUGAGGGUGGUGCUGGUGGGGGAGGGGGAGACGGGGAUACAUCUGCUUCCUCUUCUGCAACAGGGGAGGAGGAUGAAGAUGAACAACUUAGGAAGAAAUUGUUUGGUGGAGGACUUCAUCCUCCUAAGGAAACAGAUGAGGAAGGGAGAGGAGAUGCAGAAGGAAUAAAGGAACUUAAACUGGAGGACGCUUUAGCUCCAAGAACAGGAGGAACAGGAGCCAGACCACCACCAGCAGCACCAGCAGGUGCAGCAAACCCAACAACAGCAGGAGGAGGAGGAGAAAAGAAUCAAGGACCUACAGCACCGAGUUCUGCACUAGAGGUGCAAGAAACAACAGCAGGAGCAGCAAACUAG